GGUGCCGUGAUAGGCCCAACUGGACUGCUGAAGAGAGGAGAAGGGCAGGGAGCGUGCACGCCUCUUCCGCCCUGGGCCCGGAAGCGUGAUGUGGCUGGGGCAUCGCUGGCCUCACUAUGUCUGCCAUUUUCAAUUUUCAGAGUCUGUUGACUGUAAUAUUGCUGCUUAUAUGUACCUGUGCUUAUAUCCGGUCCUUGGCACCCAGCGUCCUCGACAGAAAUAAAACUGGACUAUUGGGAAUAUUUUGGAAGUGUGCCAGAAUUGGUGAACGAAAGAGUCCUUAUGUUGCGGUAUGCUGUGUAGUGAUGGCCUUCAGCAUCCUUUUCAUACAGUAGCUUGGAAAAAUGCCAGGAUUUAAUUGCCAUCAGAUUUCAGUGUGAACAUGGACUUACCUGCAGAAAAUAAUGGAAAGAAUGGUUAACCCUUUUAUCUCUGAACAUUGAAUGAGAUAAAUUUCCAGAUUGUGUUCUCUAUUUUUAUGUUAUUGGACCAACGUUGUAUAAAUAACUAAGAUAUAACCAUUUAAUACAGAAUUUGAUAGUAUGUAACAAUCAACCUCAGUACUGUCACUACAAUAUUACAUUCUGUGCAAAUGUCA